GCUCGUCUAAUCUCAUCUCGUCUGAUCGCAUGCCACCAAAUUCCAAACACAUCAUUACUUUUUCCAAGUCAGAAAUCCCAAUCCUAACGUUUCAAAGGUCAACCACCCCCAAUCCCCGAAUAAACUUUUAAAAAAAACUAAAAGAGAGAGUAGAAAACCCACCAGCAACCAUCAGAUCAUCAUCAUCAUCGUCGUCGUCGUCUCUCCAAGGCAGAUUGGCGAACACAGUGCUUCAGAGUUGGAGGAAGAACUGGGGGAACUAUGAUAUGAAGCAGAGAUCUCAGAAUUUUGGGGUGCUGCCCCUUUGAUUUUUCGCUAGAAGAAGAAUCAGAAGAAAAGGUAAAAGUGAUUUUGAGGAAUUUGGGGCUGCUUUCUGUGAAUUACUUGAUCUGCUUAGCCCUUGAGAGUGAGAGUCUGACCUUGUGUUUCAUUUUGUGUCUAUGGCCGCUGCUGCUAUAUUCUCUUCUCUAAGGAGGAGAAGAUCACCUACCUUGGAAGCCUUCUUGGCUCCUAUCCACCUCUCAGAUUCAGCUCUAGUCAAGUCCCUCCUUCUCGUGUCUAAUGAACUCGUUUCGACAUUCUCACAUCGAUCACCCCCUUUUCAGCGCAGAAAUUUUAGAACCCUUAUUCGAAAGAUUGAGAUCUUUGCUGUGAUCUUUGAAUUUCUCGCUACCGAAAUGUCCAAUGGCUUCCAACUCCCGUCCAGUGCUAUUGUUUGCUUCAAAGAACUCCAUAUUUUUUUGUACCGAUCCAAAAUACUGUUAGACUAUUGCUUCCUAUCGAGCCGGUUGUGGCUCCUCCUUCAGAAUUCUUUGAUUUCCAGCCAUUUUCACGACCUUAAGCAGGAAGUUUCCACAUUUUUUGAUAUCUGCCCUCUGGAGGCAUUUGAAUUGUGUGAUGAUGUUAGGGAGCAAAUUGAGCUAUUGAAAAAGCAAGCAAACAGUGCCAAGUUCUUCAUUGAUCAUUCCGAUGAAACAUUUAGGCGUCGGCUCUUUGGUUUUCUUGAUGAAUUUGGGGAAGGAGUGGUGCCUGAUCCUAUGGAGCUUCGGGCAUUUUUUGUUGAAAGAUUGGGUAUUCAGGAUGCUAAGAGUUGUGCAAGUGAGAUCGAGUUUCUUGAGGAGUUAAUUUGCAAUUACGGGGAAGAUGUUGAGCCCAGUUUACCAGUGCUCAAUGGUGUUGUUGCACUUCUCCGUUAUUGUAAAUUCUUGAUUUUUGGGUUUGACAAAGCUGAAGAAAUUAUGGGUUUGGGUAAUGAAAAGAAGCUGAGAAAGAGUGUGAUUUCUCAAGAAAUUGCAGAGACGUUUGUCACAAUUCCAAAAGAUUUUUGUUGCCCGAUCUCGUUGGAAUUGAUGCGCGACCCUGUUAUUGUCUCUACUGGGCAAACCUAUGAUCGAAUUUCAAUAGUUCAGUGGAUGGAAGAAGGGAAUUAUAGCUGCCCAAAAACUGGGCAGGCACUUGACAAUAGCCGGCUUGUACCAAAUAAAGCUCUUCAAAGCUUGAUUUCCAGAUGGUGCAUUGCUCAUGGAAUACCUUUUGACCCACCAGAAUGUGCAGACGCCUGCAAGGAAACUGUUCCAGUGGCUUUGCCCACCAGUGUUGUGAUUGAAGCCAACAGAGCCACUGUUAAGCUUCUUGUAGAACAGUUAUCUCGUGGGUCUCAGAGUGUGAAAGCUUGUGCUGCACAUGAGCUAAGAUUGCUUGCAAAAACUGGAAAAGAGAACCGUGCUUACAUUGCUGAAGCUGGGGCAAUUCCCCUUCUCCACAAGCUACUUUCAUCUCCUAAUCCAGUUGCACAAGAGAACUCUGUAACAGCAAUACUCAACUUGUCUAUCUAUGACAAUAAUAAGAGCCGCAUUAUGGAAGAAAUAGGGUGUUUGAAGUCAAUUGUUCAGGUUCUUAGAUUUGGACACACAAGAGAGGCAAAGGAAAAUGCUGCAGCGACACUUUUCAGCCUCUCUGCGGUGCAUGACUAUAAAACAAAAAUUACAAAUGAAGAAGGGACCAUUGAUGCACUGGCAGGGUUGCUGAAGGAGGGGACUUUGAGAGGAAAGAAGGAUGCCAUUACUGCACUGUUUAAUUUGUCUACACAUGUGGACAAUUGCAGCAGAAUGAUUGAGUCAGGAGCUGUGAGAGCUCUGGUAGAAGCAUUGGAAACUGAAGGGGUGGUGGAGGAGGCAGCUGGUGCUUUGGCCUUGCUAGUUAGGCAGCCACUUGGAGCAGAGGCUGUCAGGAAUGAAGAGAUGGCAGUGCCAAGGUUGAUUGAAACAAUGCGACGUGGGACCCCAAAGGGUAAAGAAAAUGCGGUUGCAGCAUUGCUUGAGCUGUGUCGCAGUGGUGGUUCAGUCACGACGGAGAAGGUUGUUAGAGUUUCGAUUUUUCCAGGCCUACUUCAAAAUCUGAUGUUUACAGGCACAAAGCGGGCAAGACGGAAGGCUUUAUCACUUGCUAAGGUUUGCCAUAGGUGUGAUGCAGCAUCCUUACCUUAUGGCUGGUGGGGAGUAGAAUACACAUUCGCAAGGAACUCAGCUGCAAACUUGGGUUCAAGCUUUGCUAGCGAUGUUUCAGCAUCAAUCGCCAUAUCAGUGCCUGUUUUAUAGUGGUGACCUCCAAUCUUUUAUAUAUAUAUAUAUAUAUGUAUGUAUGUAUGUAUGUAUGUAUUUUCUUACUUCCCCUUCUUUUGAUUUUAAUAUUUACCUAUUCUUUAAUGUCAUGUUGAUAUUGAGAGGAAAACUAUAAAAAAGCAUAAAAUAUGCAACACACCAAGCAUUUGGAAGAA